CGCACACCGUCUGAUUCGUGAAUCGCAGUUCUUGUGAAGUCGUAGAGUUUGUGAUUAUUUGUGGUUAUCCUACGGAGCAUUCGCUGUGAGCGAUAACAUUAGUCGAUCUCUGAAAUUUCUUAUUAACGAAAUGUCGAUCGUACAAGACUUCUUCAAGCGUUAUCUGCCAGUAGUUAAGGCCGAUGAGGCGGAGGAAGAAGAAUUAGUGGAUCCCCAAAAAGUACUCCGUGAAGAAUGCUCUAAAGAAACAAAAUGUGCCAAUUUCCAACAGAAAUUGAUGACGUGCAAUGACCGUGUCAACUCAAGAACCAAGACAGAGGAAACUUGUCUAGAGGAACUCAUAGACUAUGUAGGCUGCGUUGAUCAUUGUGUCGCAAAAACUCUGUUUAGCAAACUUAAGUAACUGUACAAACUUUCUGUUAAAAAAAAUCAACUGUUCAGUAUGUUAAAACUUAAUUUCUCCAAUGUUGUAUGUAUAAUCAAAGACUAGCAAUAAAAAACUAAGUAUAACGGU